CAGGCCAGCUGGGGCCGGAGCUAGUGUGACAUCACCGGGCGGCCCGCCUCUGUCUGGGGCUGAGGGGAGGCCGGGAGCCUUUCUGGGGCCUGGGGGAUCCUCUUGCACUGGUGGGUGGAGAGAAGUGCCUGCAGCCAACCAGGGUCAGGCUGUGCUCACAGUUUCCUCCGGCAGCAUGUAAAGGCUCCACAAAGGAGUUAGGAGUUCAAAUGAGGCUGCUGUAGACGGCCUGAGGAUGGACCCCGAGCCCUGAGCAGUGCUGCUGAGUUCCGGGCUGCAGAGCAUGGCCCUGAGGCAGCCACCGGCCCCCGCUGCAAGAGGAGGCAGCCUGUGAGUGCCCCAGCAGGUCCCCCGGCCAGCCCCCGGCCCAGCCUCGGCCAGAGCCCUGCUGUGGAGGCAGAGCAGAGCGAACAGAGGCCAGUGAGGCAGCGCUGCUCGGCGGCUGGCCGGCCUGCGACUCAGGGACCCCUCCCGGGGGCCAUGGACAGGCUGCCCCACUGACGGCCGCGGUGAAGCAUGUGAGGAGCUGCCCCGGAGCCAAGCAGGAGGGAAGAGGUUUUCAUAGGCUCUGUUCGCAAAGAACCACCAUUUUGCAAGGACCAUGAGGCCACUGGGCGUGACAUGCUGGUGGCUGGGACUGCUGGCCGCCAUGGGAGCCACUGUGGGCCAGAAGGAGGCUUUUGAAGGCACUGAGGAGGCCUCACCAAGUGAGUACAUUUACCUGAACAGGUACAAGCGGGCCGGUGAGUCCCAGGACAAGUGCACCUACACCUUCAUUGUGCCCCAGCAGCGGGUCACAGGGGCCAUCUGCGUCAACUCCAAGGAGCCUGAGGUGCUCCUGGAGAACCGGGUGCACAAGCAGGAGCUGGAGCUGCUCAACAACGAGCUGCUCAAGCAGAAGCGACAGAUUGAGACGCUGCAGCAGCUAGUGGAGGUGGACGGCGGCAUCGUGAGCGAGGUGAAGCUGCUGCGCAAAGAGAGCCGCAACAUGAACUCGCGAGUCACGCAGCUCUACAUGCAGCUCCUGCAUGAGAUCAUCCGCAAGCGGGACAACGCGCUGGAGCUCUCCCAGCUGGAGAACAGGAUCCUCAACCAGACGGCCGACAUGCUGCAGCUGGCCAGCAAGUACAAGGACCUGGAGCACAAGUACCAGCACCUGGCCACGCUGGCCCACAACCAGUCGGAGAUCAUCGCACAGCUCGAGGAGCACUGCCAGCGGGUGCCCGCCGCCAGGCCCGUGCCCCAGCCACCCCCCGCCACCCCGCCCCGGGUCUACCAGCCGCCCCCCUACAACCGCAUCAUCAAUCAGAUCUCCACCAACGAGAUCCAGAGCGACCAGAACUUGAAGGUGCUGCCACCACCCCCUCUGCCCACCAUGCCCACCCUCACCAGCCUCCCGUCCUCCACAGACAAGCCGUCGGGCCCGUGGAGAGACUGCCUGCAGGCCCUGGAGGAUGGCCACGACACCAGCUCCAUCUACCUGGUGAAGCCAGAGAACACCAACCGCCUCAUGCAAGUGUGGUGCGACCAGAGACACGACCCUGGGGGUUGGACCGUCAUCCAGAGGCGCCUGGAUGGCUCCGUCAACUUCUUCCGGAACUGGGAGACAUACAAGCAAGGGUUUGGGAACAUUGACGGCGAGUACUGGCUGGGCCUGGAGAACAUUUACUGGCUGACAAACCAAGGCAACUACAAACUGCUGGUGACCAUGGAGGACUGGUCUGGCCGCAAGGUCUUCGCGGAAUAUGCCAGCUUCCGCCUGGAGCCUGAGAGCGAGUAUUACAAGCUGCGGCUGGGGCGCUACCAUGGCAACGCUGGUGACUCCUUCACCUGGCACAACGGCAAGCAGUUCACCACCCUGGACAGAGACCAUGAUGUCUACACAGGAAACUGUGCUCACUACCAGAAGGGAGGCUGGUGGUACAACGCCUGCGCCCACUCCAACCUCAAUGGGGUCUGGUACCGUGGGGGCCAUUACCGGAGCCGCUACCAGGACGGAGUCUACUGGGCUGAGUUCCGAGGAGGCUCCUACUCGCUCAAGAAAGUGGUGAUGAUGAUCCGGCCCAACCCCAACACCUUCCACUAAGCCAGCUCCCCUCCUGACCUCUCGUGGCCAUUGCCAGGAGCCCGCCCCGGCACACCGGCCCCAGCACAAAGAGCAACUCCUCGCCAGUGCACCCUGGGGCCGGGAGGCCCAGGACGUUGCAUUCUGUCUUCCCAAGUCACCGCGGCAGAUAACGGAACUAAAUCGAUACAGUAUUCUCUGUCCCUACUACUCCCCUUCACGCCAGACAGCCCAUCACUUUUCCAGACUGGACAGGACUGCAGAUAAGUCUUUCUUUAAAUAAAUUAAGCCCUUACAAUAAAAAUACAACUGCAAAAUACCUUCAUAAUAUACACGUGUAUGAGCCGACCUUGUGCACUUGUGUGUAUACCACAUAUAUAUGCAUUUAGAUAUAUACCAUACGUCAUAUAUCUAGAUACAUAUACAGGGUUGCCUUAUAUACCUAAAUACACAUAUUCUCAAUUCUCAGAUGUUGAAGCUGUUAACGACAGCUUUGCUCUUAGGAGAAAAGCAUUUCAUGCAUGUUGUGCUCCCUGAGUCUAAGAGCAGAUCACAGACUGUGUAGCUCCAAUCCAAAGAACCCUUGGCAUCCGUGUGCCUGGAUUCUUCCAGGGACGUCUACAAUGCUAUUUGCUCACACAGCGUUUCCUUCCUCACUUAAGAACUCCUUUGCGCACCUAAUCAAAUGUCAAAAUCCCCUUCACUUUCCAUUUCUGUACUUCUCCCCAUUCUCAGGACUUUUUCACCAUCCAUCCAUCCACUUGCUUGUUCAUUCAAUUCAACUCAGUCAGUGCCUCCUGUGAUCAGUCCUGGGCCCUCGCUGUGGUUCGAGGCAACUUUUCUGCUCUUCUCUGCUCCUUGCCUGCCUACUUCUUACCUUUUCUGUUGCACCGUCCUUUCUUUCCAGGCAAGAUUCCUCAGCCUCUGAGUAGAAGACAGUCUGGGCUCUAGGUUUCUGGUCAGGAAAGGGAAGGCCAGGCCCAAAAGCUAACUGCCGGCCACACAGAUAACGUAUUCUCAGUUUUGUAUUUUCCAUUCACACUUUAGCCUAUGUGUCAUUUUAACCUUCACAGAAAUAAUAACCUACCUUGCCCAGGAGAUAUUCAGUUGAAAAGAAGUCAUCAUCCGAUCGUUGGGGCCCACAAAUGGCUACAGACCAAAGGUCCCAUGCUCUCAGGCCGACUAGAGUCCGCAUCUCAUCCCCAAACUACACUUCCCUGGAGAACAGGAGCCACAAAAACGAGAACUGGCGACUUCUUGUGAGUCACUGAACGACCAGGGGCCACCGGACCCCUUGGUGGGUGAAUUGCAGCAUGGUGGCUUUCUGAGUCCUGUUGGCCACAAAGUGUCAGACUCAGUACUGCCAGGACUACUGCCAAGCAGGGACAAGAGAUGAGUCCAGAAGGUGAGACCCUCCCCAGGGGGGCGUGUAGGCUGGGGUGUGCGAGAUGUUGGAACACUUGGUACUGUCCAUGUCCGUGUGUGCCUAUUACCUCAGCAUUCUCACAAAAUGUACCAUGUAGCAUGUUUUGUGUAUAUAAAAGGGAGGGUUUGUUUUUUUCUUAAUAUAUUCCCAGGUUAUCCUUGUAAUGACACAAAUCUGCAAUAAAAGCCAUCAGUGCUAUUUGGAUGUA